CUAUCAUUCUAUGAUCUAUUUUUAAUUGGACAAAUGUCACCUGUUGACACAAGAGACACCAAAGCAUUAGUGUGGCCAAUGGGAACCAGUCUCCUAACAAAAAUCGUGGGCUUCGGCCAUAUCUACCUAUUAAUAGCUUAGUUUAGUACUAGAGAUCAGAGAACUCUCUCAUUCCAGAAGUGCAAGUAACACACUGUGACAGCCUCUCCUUACCAGACAUCGUCUUCUACAAUCCCUUUUAUCUUCAUUUCAAUCUCAUCUUCCUUACAUGUUGCAGACAUGGCAGAAACCCCAAUCCGAUUUGGCAUUUUGGGCUGUGCAGAUAUAGCUCGGAAGCAAUCGAAAGCCAUAAACCUCUCUCCCAACUCGAUCCUUUACGCCAUCGGGAGCCGUUCCCUCGACAAGGCCAAGAAAUUUGCUGAAGAGAAUGGGUUCCCUGCGUCGGCAAAGAUUUACGGCAGCUACGAAGCUGUUCUCGAUGAUCCAGACGUAGAUGUCGUGUACGUUCCCCUUCCCACUAGUCUGCAUGUGCAGUGGGCGGUGCUGGCCGCAAAGAAGAAGAAGCACUUGCUGCUAGAGAAGCCUGUGGCCUUGAACGUGGCUGAGUUUGAUCAGAUCGUUGAGGCUUGUGAGGCUAAUGGUGUACAGUUCAUGGACGGAACCAUGUGGAUGCACCACCCUAGGACUGCUAAGAUGAACGAGUUCCUCUCCGAUACGCAGCGCUUCGGUCAACUCAAAGCGGUUCAGAGCUUUUUUUCAUUUCCUGGUGAUGAUUAUUUUCUCAAGAAUAAUAUCCGAGUAAAGCCAGGUCUUGAUGGCCUUGGGGCUCUAGGUGAUGCUGGGUGGUACUGCAUCAGAUCAAUACUAUGGGCUACUAACGAUGAACUACCCAAGACAGUGACUGCCCUCCAUGGACCUGUUAUCAAUGAAGCAGGAGUGAUCUUGGCUUGUGGAUCUUCUUUACAAUGGGAGGAUGGAAAGACAGCAACUUUCCAUUGUUCAUUCCUUUCCCAUUUAACCAUGGAUAUAACUGCAGUUGGAACGAAAGGAACUCUACAUGUUCAUGAUUUUAUUAUCCCUUUUGAUGAGAAAUCUGCUUCAUUUUCUACCAUUUGUCAGAUUGGAUUCAAAGAGCGUGCAUUGCCUUCUCAAAAUGUGGUCACAACUGAUCUCUCUCAAGAGGUAUGCAUGGUGAGGGAGUUGUCUAGGUUGGUGAAAAGUAUAAAAGAAAAUGGUUCCAAACCAGAGAGUAAGUGGCCCAGCAUGAGCAGGAAGACACAAUUGAUUCUUGAUGCAGUUAAGGCAUCUAUUGAUAAAGGUUUCGAGCCUGUUCAGGUUGGAGCUUGAGCUGGAGAUUGAUGAGACUCUUUUACUAUUCCAUUCUUAUUUGAUCAUUUGUUGCCUUUUGACUAUAAGUACGUAGGAAGCCCUUUCAAUUUUAAUUCAUCUUAAUAUAUAGUGGGUUUGUCUAAGUUGUAACCUAUUUACAUUACAAAAGGUAUUGUGACCUAUUUUUAGUUAGGCUUUACCAAAAAAAACCAAUUUUAGUUAGGUAAAAUAUCCACAAUGUCUUUUUUUUUUUUUCUCUGAGAGAGUAAAGAAAAAUGGUGUUCUAUAAUAGUGAUCAUAAGCCCGGGGCUGAAGCCUUCAUAU